GACAUCAUUGCUGUCUGCAGUGCUGCAGGCCUCGCCUUGCCCGACAGUUGGUGAGAUGGAAGAGGAGGUGGAAGGAGUUGACGGAGAAAAGCUCUCCGCGCGUGACUGUGCGGCGGUGGGCGAAGGUUUCCUCGAUCAGCUGAGCCCUUUGUGCAUUUUGCCAUGUGGGCAGGACGAGGAAGGUGCCGAGGUCACAGUGCACUGUGUUGUGGUUGGCGACAUCAAGGGCAAACUCCUUAUAUGCUUGCCCUCUGCGUCCUGGCAUCGCACGGUGGCCCGACGGACUAUCCCGAAGGGUUUCUUGAGUCGGGUGUUUGCUGCCGAGGUUGCCGCGGUGAGCUUGGUCGACAGGUCCGUGGAGGUGCCAGGCCAAACUCUGCGUGUGUGGUUAGGCUUCUGCGAGCUGGAGGCAGAAGCUCUGCUAGAGGUCAGCGAUGCCUCGCCUUCCGUGCCCUUUGGGGCCCUGCCGAGUGGGGAGCUUCUGGUUCCUUCCAUAGACGUGUUGGCCGAGAUUUGGCAGGCUCAGCAAGUCGUCCCCCCGCCCACUCCGCUGCAUACUGCUUCCGAGGGUGGGGGUCAGCCUCCCGACGUUUCCGAGCGAAUCGCCUCUAUCGAACGUUCAGUGGCUGCUCUCACCGCUGCUUUUCGCGAUGCCUCUUUGGGCACAGGAGUGUCUGCGGCCGCCAAUGCCGGUUCAAAGCCCAAGGUUGCCCUAGCACCUCCCAAGACUUUCUUUGGCGGUGUGGCCAAACAGCGAGGUGCCGAGGCAGAGUUUCCAGGCCUGGAUCAAGGUGUUGUGGCGGCCGCUUUGGCUGCAGGGGUUCAGCACGGAGCGCUGGUGGAGAUGUCCAAGUUAGUCAGUGCAGGCCCCCUGGCACGACUCAAGCCCGAGGCCUCAGGAGCUGCCGCCAAGCAAGCUACGCAAACCGCCCUCGAGGAGUCCGAGGAAGAAGGUCAGGAGGUCCUUCCGUUUCCAGCGCAGGCGGCGGGGAGCACCGAUCCCCAGCAAACCGACCCAGCCGAGAUGUUUGCCAAAGCCGUGGUGAACUGUUUCGACGCAUACCACGGCAAAACGGUCUCAGGCAAGACGGCCUUGGACAAAGCACUGGAGGCAGGCGCAGGUGGAUCGCUCGAUGGCUCUUUGAGUUCCGGCCGGAGGCAUGCAACGGCCAGGCGCGCGCUCCGGGAGGCGUUGACCUCGGCUCCCCAGGAGCUGUCGGCACUGAUCGAGGGCCUGAUGGCAGAAGACUUGUGCGCCUCUACGCCCGGUGCUGGUGCUCCCGUGCUUACGUCGACGCGGGCUUGGCUAGAGCAUCGCUCACGGAUUCAAGCCUUCCCAACGAUGGUGAAUCUCGUGUGGGCGAUUGGCGGGGCCUUGGAUUGCUUACGGGCCAACAAGGUCGAUCAGGCUCGUGCUCGCCUCAACAUAGCCUUGAUGCAGGCAGACCAGGUCUCGAUCGACCGCGGGUCGUGGUUGCUAGCACAGGAGCUUUCGCUAGAAGUGGGUCCCCCAAUGACUUCCUUCAAGCGCCACGAGGCAGUGAGCUCCCACGGGGACCCAGUGUAUUCCAGGCUGCUGGAUGCGCGCUGGGCCGAGGUUGCCAUAGCGAAGUUGAGGGAGGAGGCCGAGUUCAUGGAACGGCGGCAAAAACUCGGGCAGCGCCUUCAGCCAAACCUCAAAGACGAGAGCGCGGGCGAGACCGCCGAAAAACCGCCCCGGACCCCCGGCUCCGAAGCCCCUGGCCUCUCGCUCUUUUCGCUGUGGAAUUCAAUGCCCCGAACCCUGCUGCGGAGCUCGGGCCCUUUUGCCUCUUUCUUUCGUUCUGCGUUGCAACGGGAGUCCAAUGCCACUCCCACGCCUUACACCUGGCCUUGCCCGAUGCCUUUCCCCGAAGCCUUUGCCGCCGACGGCCUUGGCUUCUGGAAGAAGCGGUUGAUUAACAUUUCGGUCGCCCGGUUGUCCUACGAACAUCUCGGACGGAACUUACAGCACCUGGUGUUUGGCAGCUUUUUCCCUUUGAAGUUUCAGCCAGAAGACUAUGGGCGCAUCGGGCACAAGGUUGAAGGGCAGGCUCAGACUUUGGAGGCGUUAGGCCGUGCCGCCGCUUCCGUUUGCAGAAGCUUCGACGGUUACUUGCCGCGCUCCGUCACCGUUGCCGGGCCUUCGACUUUGGGGCCGUCCCCUGUUGAGAGCAUUGGCACGCUGCCGGGAAAACCUGACAUUGCUGCUAUGCCGAUCACGGCCGACCGUGUGAAGCUGCCUGCCUCUCCUGCCUUUUGUGCCUCGCCUUUCAUGGAUUCUGACACCGCGGAGUUUUUCAACAGACCGCUUGAGUUUGCCCGCAGCCCUGAUCCGGCGAGUGAACGGCCUCCUUUCGUAAAGAUCUUGGCCAACAAGCGGGAGAAACUUCUUCUGCUCCGUGCGCUCGCCCGCUCAGGGCGUCUGGUCCCGCUCGACCAAGUGCCUCCCGAACGUGCUGCGUGGGGCGCGGGGUUGUUCGCAGUGGCCAAAGACAGCCUUCGUGAUCGCUUGGUGCUCGACGCUCGACCAGCGAACCAGCUGGAGAGUUUUCCUGGGCAUUGGGUGUACAGUCUGGCUAGUGCUGCCUGCGUCGGCGGUAUCGUCCUCCGACCCCAUGAAGUAUUGAUAAUGUGUGGCACUGACCUGCAGGACUGCUUUUAUCAGUUCAAGGCUUCUGCGCAGCGUACCGUCAGAAACCAUCUGGCCUGCGAGCUCUCGGUGCAAGAUGCUGCGUUUGUCUUUGACCGGCCUGAGGCUUCGUUUGGCUUUGCCUCUGCCGUCGUGCAUUGCGGUUUGAGUUCACUGGCAAUGGGCGACUCGUCGGCGUGCGAAUUCGCGCAGUGCAGCCAUUUGGGAGUCCUUCUCCAGGCCCGUGCCGUUUGCAUGGGGGAGUUGUUGGUGCAAGCAGCUUCUCCUCCUCGCGGCUUGCUGUCGGUUGGCUUGGUGAUUGACGAUCUUAUCAUCAUGCAGAAGCUUUUGGCCAGCCAGGUUUCGGAUCUGGAAGGGCCUCUACAGCAAACCCAGGCCUCGCUGCGACUCGACUCUGCCUUGGCUGGCUAUGAUGCAGCCCACCUUCGCUACAGCGAGAAGAAGACGUUCCGUGACCGUCUUCAGGCCUCGUUCUGGGGGGUUGAUUGCUGUGGGCGUUCAGGCCUUGUGCGUGCGAAUCCGGCGAGGUACUGGCCGUUGGUUUUGAUCACGGUCAGAGUGCUGCAGUUGGGCUUGGCCACACGGGCGUUGCUCGAAAGCCUGAUAGGGUCUUGGGUUUCGGUCUUUAUGCUGAGACGCCGACUUUUGUGUCUGGUGGACCUUUCCUUUCAGGCCCUGCGUGGUGGCACACCGCAGACAAUCCUGCGCCUGAGCCCUGAGCUCAAGGGCGAGCUUGCCUCCUUUGUGUGUCUUGGACACCUCGCUGUCGUGGACUUGCGGGCUCAACCCUUGGACAGCAUAAUCGCAACUGAUGCCUCCAGUGCGUGGCAGGCAGCGGUUUCUGCUCCUGUGUCCUCUGAGGUUGUCGCCGAGUUUCAGCGACACGCUGUGCAACGCGGCGCCUGGUCAAAACUCCUCCCUCCGCCGGCUGCCUGGUUAAAGGAGCAUAACCUCCUCGAGCCCGAAUCCGAGCUACCCGGGGAUACGGUUUUUACUGCUCACCCUGUUGCUGAGGCAGCGGCCAGAGUACCUGUGUUUGAAGUGAGGUGGAGGAGAGAGCACAAGCGCAGGAUGCACAUCAAUGUUGCCGAGCUCGAAGCUUACUUGCACGAGGAGAGCCGGCUGGCAGGGCGCGUGCUUUCGGGGCGGCCGUUGUUUGGUUUGGACUCUCAAGUGUGCAUCGGCGCGUUGGCCAAGGGGCGCAGCGCUAGCCCGGUACUGAAUCGCAAACUGAGAGCUUCGUUGGCACCUCUCUUGUGCUCUCGCCUGUUCCCGCACUACUUGUUCUUCCCGACCGACCUCAACCCAGCCGACGACCCGACAAGAGCAAGAGCAGUGCGUGCGCCUUCGUUGCAGAAGCCUUCUUGGUGGACUUCCUUGGAAGAAGGUGAUACCGCCCCUUUUGACGAAUUCCUCCGGUCCGCCGGCGUGCCGGCCGACGAGUCGAAUGGUUUCAAGCAGGACGACCUUCUCUCUCUUGGUGGCGUCCGCCCGGCCGUGCUCAAGUCAAAUCGGGAGCGCGGCUUGUCUUCUGCCGUCGCUCGGCUCCCUCGCCAUCGCGUGCCCGGCAGUUCUUCGGUGCCCGUUUGUUUCGAGUCUUGCGGGUGUGGACUUUCCUCUGGCGUGGCGUCUCUCCCUCAAGCUUGGACUUCUGUGCUUGAGCGUUUUCCCUUGCGGCAGUUCCUUUGCAGGCGCCGGUGCCCCUUGGAUCUCUCGCGUCCUGGCGUCCUGCAUUUGUUCGCCGGGGCUGACUCUGUGGCCCGUGCUUUGUUGCGGGCUGGGGCUCCGUGGGUGCUGACGUUUGAUCCGCAGCGGGACCCUCGCGAGGAUCUUGCUCAGAGCGCUUUGCGACAGCAGCUGCAGCUGCUGAUGCUUGCCGGCGCCUUUCUGGUGGUUGGUGGGUCGCCUCCCGGUUCCACUUUUUCACGCGCGGUGCGACCUCCUGUGCGCUCCCGCUCCCGGCCUCUCGGUCUGUGUGACAUUUCUCCCCGUCUGCGUGCCAAGGUCCUUGCAGACAACGAGCGUGCUGAAUGGAUUUUGCAUCUCCGUGACCUGUGUCGUCAGCUUGGGAUCGCCUAUUGGUUUUCUCAGCCGGACACUUCCUUCUUUUGGUUGGUGCCGGGCUGGGAAGACGAAGCUUUUCCUGCCUCGCCACAUACCUUUCGUGCCGACCUUUGCUUGUUCGGCUGCUUGUGGCGAAAGAGAACGAGGGUUGCCUUAAACACGUCUCUUGCUGGUGCUCGGCUGCUGUGUCAGGCCAAGGUGCGUCACUUGCGUCUGGUUGGGCGCUCCUCUGCCGAGCGUCUGCCUUGGACUUCGCUUGCCCAAACGGUUCCUGCCGGCUUCGCGGACGCUGUGGCCUUAGCGGCUUGCGUCGCCGCUCGCUGGACUUCGGCGCGUGCGCUUGGCCCGUCUUCGUGUGCCAAGCUUGGCUGCUCUUGCCGAGUUGGGGAAGCCAAGAACCCUGGUCCUCGCAGGCGCUCUACCCGCCCUGUUGGCGAUCUCGAAUCGCGUCCUCUUCAGUCGCAGACCUCGCUCUUCUUGGGCGAUUCCGCGUGGCGCGCUUUUCUGUCCUGGGUGUCCGGUCGUCUCUCUGUCGAUCCUGUCUCCCUCUUCGUAGCCUGUCCGAUCCUCGCCGCCAUGGCCCUGCGUGCUUAUGGGAAUCACCUUUUCAGCAGCGGUGGAACGAAGCAUACCUUCAGGUACACGUUGGUGGGAGCUCAGAGAGCUUUGCUGGUGCUGAAGGGCUCCCUGGGCCCCGCUUGGGAGCUUCUCACGAGAUGGGAGGCCGUCGAGCCAACGAUCCAUCGAACACCUGUUCCAGAACCCCUGUUGAUGGCAAUGGUUUCUGUCGGCUGGCUACGAGGCUUCAGACGUUGGUGUGGGUGCGCGCUCCUCGCCUUUUACGGGACGGCUCGCAUCGGCGAGGUGUUGGCUUGCCAGCGUAGGCACCUGGUGCUUCCGGAGGACCUCUUCAAGCACAGCUCGUCGCUGUUCCUGCGCCUAGACUCUUCGAAGACGUCUCUGCGCGGGAGGCCUCGAGUUCAACAUGUUCGUGUGGACGAUCCGGAAGCACUUGCUUUAGUACGGCUAGCCUUUGCAGGUUUGGAACCAGGUGAGAAACUUUUUCCUCUGAGCCAUGCUGCUUUUCGUACCAGAUGGGACAGAUGUUUGGCAGCCUUGGGUCUGGGUGCAGGUGUCAGCGUGACACCAGGCGGGCUACGGGGCGGCGGUGCUGUUGCCUGCUACCACAAGGGCACGCCGAUCGCCGACAUCCAAUGGAGACUCAGGCUCAAAAACAUGGCGACUUUGGAGCACUACCUCCAGGAGGUCGCGGCGCUGACGGCCCUGAGCGAGGCCUCCAGCGAUGCAAAGUCCAACAUUCAGCACGCCGUACAACUUUUUCCUUUUCUGGUUGCUACUGGUUAG